AUGAAUCAACAGCAAACACAGGAACAGCAACGCCCACUAUCCUAUGCGCCCACCCCUUACAGUUAUACCCCAAAUACGGCGCUGUCUGCUUCAAUUAACCUGGAUGAGGAAGUCAAGCUAUCCUCUACCUCCGCUGAGAGGGACCUCUACGAAUCCUUAGCGGAGAUAUACAGCAUCAUCCUAACACUGGACUGGUUGGAGAAGGCUUAUAUCAAAGAUGCGAUUACGGAAUCUGAAUAUACGGAAACAUGUUCGCGGUUAUUGAAGCAGUACAAAUCUAGCUUGAGUGAUGAGACUGUUGCUAGAGAGUUCGUUGAUUUGGAUACAUUUAAGCAGAAAUGGGGGCUAGAAUGCCCCAGGGCGACAGAGAGACUCAGGAUUGGACUUCCGGUUACCGUCGAGCAACCCUCACACAACGCUGCAUCUGGCACCAACAACGCAAACGCGGGCGCAUCUGGUAGCCUGAUCCUAGCAGCCACAGAGAACUUCAUCACAUUCCUCGAUGCUCUGAAACUGAACAUGGUGUCCAAGGAUGCCCUCCAUCCACUGCUGUCUGAAAUUAUACAGUCUGUCAACAAAGUAACCGAUCAGGACUUUGAAAAUAGAGGGAAAAUAAUUCAGUGGCUCAUUGCUCUCAACCAGAUGAGGGCGACGGAGGAGCUCACUGAGGACCAGGCUAGAGAACUGGCCUUUGAAAUCGAACAGGCCUACCAGGGCUUUAAAGAUACGCUGAAUUGA